UUUUUUCACCAUACUUUCCUCCCUCUAGCCCAUAUCAACAUGGACGAGUCAGACUGGGACCCCUUCAAGGCCGAGAUCCAUCGGAUUUAUAUCAAGGAAAACAGAACGUUGAAAGAAUUGCGCCAAUUCAUGAUCAGAACCUGUGGGUUUCGAAAAUCUAAUUACCAGUACCAGGCAAAAUUGAAACAAUGGGGAUUCAAGAAGUAUCGCAUGGGUGCCAAGAAGUGGAUAUACGUGAAGCGACAAAUUGAGAAGAGAAACAAACUGGAGAAAGCAAGCGAGGUGUUUAUCGAUGGUGUUCAGUGUCCUCGCAAUGUCGUUCAGGCCGAGAUUCGUCGACAGGGGUUCGAAACAGCAAUGGAAAUAUAUAACACAGCACUGUCACCCAGAACACCGGAUGGUGUCAUAGUCUGUACUCCUGGCCUAGUGACACCGCAACUAUGGUCUCCGAAUCUGCCAUGGUUCACCUUCUCGCAAACCAUUUUUCGCGAUAUUGAAAAAUAUCUUCUCCCGCUGAGGGAGUCUGUCUCUCAUUUGUCUCUUCCCCCUAUCGACGAGGGGGGCAGUCAUCGUGGGCUCGCCAGCAAGAGCAUCACCAUUGGCCUCAGUUCCCUUCUGGCCGGCAAAGCCGCCGAUGGUUUACAAGCCUCCGAGCGCAGCUCUCGCAUGGCCGCUGUUUUGACUUCCAUCAUGCCGGAAGAACAUGCAGAUCAAAACAUGCAUUUAUCGAAUUGCCUCUGCGGAAUAGGUGAUGAGGCAGCACUUACCGGAGUCCUACGUGUUGCUCUGUUCUUGAUGUCUAACAAUCUCUUGGUGGCAGCAACCAGUGCGUCAGAAACAGAGAUUCGCAAUGAAGACACAAUGAUUAUGGCAGUAUUUCACCUAGGCGGGCUAUCUACGCUCCAGAACAUGAGGUACCUACUGUCCGUGCCUAGCGCAACAGCGCAUGCUAUUUCUCUGAAACUCUGGGCAAGUGCCGUAAGGACACAGGACUUGGAGGCCGUUCAGUUGCUUUUGAAAGCGGGAAUAAAUCCAGACACUCGAGUUCUGUUUGAAGAUGACCCAGUCUGGCCUUUGGAGAUAGCCGCCCAAUCUCAUGAUACCACCAUCGCGCUGGAGAUGAGCCGCUCGCUCUUUUCUCACAAUGCUUGUUCCAAAAAUCAUCAAGCGCUAGAAUCAGCUCUAUAUCACGCCACAGAGGCCCAAAACAAAGCUUUAAUGGAGCUGCUUCUUUUGAGAGGGGCAUACGUCUCUUGCUGUGCACUGAGAGCUUCCAUUCGCAGGAAUAAAUUUGAUCUUUUGGAAGUCCUCCUUACUGCCGACAGCGACGUCAAUAAAAUAUGUAGUCACGUGGAUCGCGGCAAAGACUACUCAAACUCAAUCCUCGGCAUUGCCGUGAUACGCGAUAAUGGACCGUUCGUGCGAAGGCUUCUUUCCUUGGGCGCAAAGGUCGACGCAUAUCAGAAUUUCUCUUUCCCAGAUGACAUCUUUGAUAAACGGCGAAGCACGACUUUGGGAUUAGCAAUCAUACAACCAAGAUAUCAUAUCUUCAAAUCUCUCUUGGCUGCCGGUGCAGACAUUAACCACAAAACAAACGAACAUGGAUAUAUACCACCCCUCGUACUCGCCGUGGAAAGUGGUUCUCUAAGAAUAACACUAGAUCUUCUCAAGUCAGGAGCUGACGUGGCUUUAGGGGAUGCCACCGGAAAAAUCACACUUGUUGACCGGGCUCUUGCAAGGGGUCAUCAAAGAUUAAGCAAUGUUCUGAUAGCAAAUGGUGCUAGGGCUGAUACAAGUUCCAUGCAGAACCAUUAUUCUGCAAUGUUGAUGCAAAAAGUCGCAGUAAACGAUCUUGAAACUGUGACUCUCUUAAUUAACUGUGGAGCGAGAGUCAACGACACCUAUCAACAAACACCAGACACUGUUUUCGCAGCAGCUGUGCACCAGGGAAAUUGCAAGAUACUGGAGAUUCUGCUACGAGCCGGUGCUGUGAAUACUGGGAAAACGUUGGUCUCCAUUGGCAAUGUUGAGACUGCAAGAUACUUGGAGCAACGGGGGAUGCUAUCAGACAUCCUUCUGUCCAAUGGGGAGGCUAUCUUGGCGAAUGCCAUAAGAUAUAAUAACAGUGACUUGGUCCAAUUUUUGAUGGACCGUGGAGCGGAUCAGCACAGAGAGAUUAUCGGACGCAAAAACUCUCGGUCUCCAGAAGAGAAUAGUCCUGGCAUUCCAAUUAUUCGCACUACUCCACUAGGAGGAGCAACCAGACAGCGAAAAUUUUGGCUGGCAGACACUCUGGUGAAGCGAGGGGCCUCUAUAACUGAUUUAGAGCUCUAUGAAGCAACAUCUCGGUGUAAUGUCAGUAGAGAUUUUAAAUUUCUCAAUUUAUUCUUACGUGCACUUGAUGGCCGUGCUUGUGCAGCCCCCUGCUCAUACGCACACGCAAUCGAAGGCCCCAUAUCCUCAGUUCUAGUUAAUCGCUUUCUGGAAGUUGGUUUAGACCCACGAGGCCAGAUCACAGUCCCUACUGUCAUCCCUAAACGCUGCAGAACGCCAUCACCGAUGUCAGUACUCGAUCUAACAGUGCUGUCAGGAAAAAGAGAGCUCUUCUGCAGUUUACUCAAUUCAAGAAAAUGGGACAGUCAAGCCAAGGGAAAUGCUCUCGCCAUGUGCAUCGAAGGCAGAUGCAAUGAUCUAGUUCCGAAAUUAUUGGACGCUGGGGCUGAUGUGAAUUACCAGGGGAAAAUGGGCGAGAGAUAUGUGACACCGCUUGUCAUUGCAGUGCAAGCGCAGGAUGUCUCUAUAAUCCACAGCCUACUUGAGGCCGGUGCUGAUAUUGACUGGACUCCCUCAGAGACCUCUUCUGGGGAAGACUUCAGCAUCCUUCAACACGCAGUCAGUACUAAGAACAAGCAGAUUGUUGAAACCCUCAUACAGGCAGGUGCAGAUGUCAAUGCACCAGCCUCCUGGCAUCAUGGAAAGACUGCUUUACAGAAUGCGGUAUUCAAUAGGAACAUGGAGCUUAUCGACGUUCUUUUGAUCUCCGGGGCCAACACUAACCAAGGACCGGCGCAAGUAGCGGGGGCGACAGCGCUCCAAUUCGCUUCCAUUUUGGGAUACAUUGAAAUUGCCCACAAGCUGCUCACCGAAGGCGCCGAAGUUGAUGCGGCCAGAGCCCUGUUUUGUGGUAGAACCGCGUUGGAGGGGGCGGCCGAGUAUGGUCAUAUUGACAUGCUACAGUUACUCCUCAAUGAGGGCGCGUCGGUGCACGGGGCUGGUAGGGAACAGUACAUCAGGGCCGUAAAUCUUGCUGAAAGCCGCACGCACUACGCGGCGGCGGAGCUUUUGAAGAAUUUUGGUGGAUGGGAUGAGGAAGAUGCUCGUCCAGUCAUAUGGGAGGAUUUCUGGCGUUCUGGAAUAGCCCGAGAAGAACAAGCUGGAGAAGAUGUGAUCAUCGAGAAAGUGUAAUAGUUUGGGUAUACUUUUUCUAAUAGCGUGUCUUUAUGUCUUAGUAGGUUUGUUUCUCCGAUCUAUCUCUUUUGUUGUCGUCCUAUAUUCAGUACAUACAUCUUAUUGACGAGAAUAUGCAAGUCCUUACAUUC